CACGCCAGCUCCAGCGCGCUCGUCCGUGAUGGCGACCCACAGAUGGACUCGUCAGUGUCGCCGCAUCGUCGGAAACGUGGAUUUUGCCUCGUUCGUGUGAUGAGCAGCCGCGGACGACGCGCCCGUCGCAGCAUUCGGUAUCGCCGGUGACUACUGAGCAUGGUUGGGCUUCUGUGAAAGUGCUCGACCGCGUUGACUUGAUGAGUGUGUGGUGCUUUGCGCGUUGGUUCUCGGCAAGUGAAGCGCAGUGAGCGCGCAUGUGUUCUCCUGGUGCAAGAGCCGCGACGACGCGUCAACAAAGGCGGGUGCUCUGUGAUCGUUGUGGUGCAUAGCGGUGCGGUGCGCUCUGCAUCGUCUCAAUUUUGCACUAUUCUUUUCUCGAUCAACUGGCGGCGACUGCCCGGGAGGAAUCGACACGGUGGACCCCUGGGCAUGGCCAAGCAAUCGAGGCCGGGCCGUGGCACAGGUCGCCAGGAAUGCCGGCGGCAGCAGAAGCCGAAGAGGUGCAAACAGGGCAGCGAACGGCAUUCGCGAUGACCAGGAGGGCUCCAUGAGCUCGAGCGUCCUGCGGGCCUGCUCGGCCCAAUACUACAACGCCUGCCUGCCUCCCGGCGAUGCCCUCCAUCGAAGCGGCAGUGCAAACCAGCUCAAUGGCCACCACGCACAGCCGCAGUCAUCGCCGUCCUCGCAGCAGAUACACGCGACUGCCACGUCGGCAGCCCACCACCCGACAGCGAUCGGCAUGAGCAACACGACGUCGGUGGGGCCCGCACGACCUCAGCGGACGCACAGCGAGCGUUCCCAGCGCACGUCCCGAAUGAGCCUCUACCGGAGCAACAGCUCUCUGGACCUGGACCACAACAAUGGGAGUGUCAAUGCAGUCGGUGAGCCGGGGGCACUUCGCGGAGGCCCCUCGCGGAGGGACUAUGGCUCGGCAUCGUCGUUGGAUCUUCUGGCUGCUUCGUCCGGAGGGGACAGCAGCUUCUUUGCAAUGCUGCGGGAGUACCGAGCUGCAGGUCAACGAAGGGAAGAUCAACGAAGCCCCGGACCAGCCAACAUCCAGGAGUUUCUGCGAGGCCGUCUCGACCCUGCCCCGGCAGUCCAGAACGCCUCAAACACCUUGGCGCACGGAGCGCUUGAGGAAGGAUCGAGUCCACGCCUCAAGACAAAGUUCCAGCGUCUUCUGGAGCUCCGGGACCGUGGCAAGAACUGGAGUAGACUUCCCAGUGCCAGCGUAACGACGGGCAGCGCGAGCGCCACCACCGGCAGCUCAAGUGGCGGAGCAAACCAGGAGAGCUCGCUGUUUCGCAAAUGGAAACCGGGCGGCCGGAGCGAGUCCGCCGACGCUCGAAGCCUCGAGCCGUCGCUACCGGAUCCGGCCGAGGAACGGCUACGGAGGCGAGCGCUGGCCCACUACGACUGCCAGAGCCUCGGAGCCAACCUGAGUCGCGCGUCGGGCCGUCUCGCAUCCAUACUCGGGAGGCGGAGGAAUACGACAACGGGUGCGUCGGCCGCAUCCAUGCUCCAGCGAGCUGGAGCUGGAGGCGGACUCGGCGAGGACGGGGUGGAAGGCGUGCCGGAUUCGGGAGACGGCCGGCAGAGUGCGCUGCUCCUGAGCUGCCCUUUCUUCCGGAACGAGGUCGGAGGAGAGCAGCAGAGGCAGCUUGGGCUAACCAGGGCAACGUCUAGGGGCCUCCGAUCAGGUCGUGGUGGUUCUCCCCGCAACAAUGGCAACAACGGUCCCUGGCAUCGGCCGACUUGUCUGAGUGGGCUCGCCAUUCUGGAAAGGCCCGGACUGGACGAUGGAGCAUGUCCCUACCAGCGGCCGGCCACACUGCUUGAUGGAGUGGACAGGGGCGCCCUCUACUAUAGGACACACUUCCAUGGCAAAGCUUGUGAGAUACUAGGCACUCUUUAUAAGUGCCUCAAAAGCCAGUGCCAGUUCAUUGUGUCGCCUCUCCUGACCAAUCGUUACGUGCAGGUCCAUCAAAACUGGUUUGGCAUCGACGAACGAUUAGGACCGGUUGCACUGGCUGUGCUGCGUUGCAGCUUGGCGGAAGAGUCCCUGGGCGGCUCGGUGAGCAACGGUCGGUUGAGUGGCAGCGGCAGUGGGGCCAACUCCCUGCCCGUCCGCGAGCUGCUGGAGUUGGCUGCACCCGAGCUGCAGACAACCUGCCUGCGACUGGCUGUGCCUGGACCGGCAACGGAGCAGCAACUCCUCAAGCUCGACGAACAAGGGCUGAUGAAAUCGUACAAGGUUGGGGUCAUGUACUGCCGGGCAGGACAGGCCACUGAAGAAGAAAUGUACAACAACGAAACUGCGGGUCCGGCUUUUGAGGAGUUUCUCGAGAUGCUGGCCACAAAGUUCGGCUCAAGGGCUUCCAGAACUAUCGGGCGGGCCUCGACAACAAGAGUGGACCCUGGCAUGGCCAAGCAAUCGAGGCCGGCCGUGGCCAGGUCGCCAGGAAUGCCGGCGGCAGCAGAAGCCGAAGAGGUGCAAACAGGGCAGCGAACGGCAUUCGCGAUGACCCAGGAGGGCUCCAUGAGCUCGAGCGUCCUGCGGGCCUGCGCGCCCAAUACUACACGCCUGCCUGCUCCGCGGACGCACAGCGAGCGUUCCCAGCGCACGUCCCGAAUGAGCCUCUACCGGAGCAACAGCUCUCUGGACCUGGACCACAACAAUGGGAGUGUCAAUGCAGUCGGUGAGCCGGGGGCACUUCGCGGAGGCCCCUCGCGGAGGGACUAUGGCUCGGCAUCGUCGUUGGAUCUUCUGGCUGCUUCGUCCGGAGGGGACAGCAGCUUCUUUGCAAUGCUGCGGGAGUACCGAGCUGCAGGUCAACGAAGGGAAGAUCAACGAAGCCCCGGACCAGCCAACAUCCAGGAGUUUCUGCGAGGCCGUCUCGACCCUGCCCCGGCAGUCCAGAACGCCUCAAAACACCUUGCGUCUUCUGAGCUCCGGGACCGUGGCAAGAACUGGAGUAGACUUCCCAGUGCCAGCGUAACGACGGGCAGCGCGAGCGCCACCACCGGCAGCUCAAGUGGCGGAGCAAACCAGGAGAGCUCGCUGUUUCGCAAAUGGAAACCGGGCGGCCGGAGCGAGUCCGCCGACGCUCGAAGCCUCGAGCCGUCGCUACCGGAUCCGGCCGAGGAACGGCUACGGAGGCGAGCGCUGGCCCACUACGACUGCCAGAGCCUCGGAGCCAACCUGAGUCGCGCGUCGGGCCGCCUCGCAUCCAUACUCGGGAGGCGGAGGAAUACGACAACGGGUGCGUCGGCCGCAUCCAUGCUCCAGCGAGCUGGAGCUGGAGGCGGACUCGGCGAGGACGGGGUGGAAGGCGUGCCGGAUUCGGGAGACGGCCGGCAGAGUGCGCUGCUCCUGAGCUGCCCUUUCUUCCGGAACGAGGUCGGAGGAGAGCAGCAGAGGCAGCUUGGGCUAACCAGGGCAACGUCUAGGGGCCUCCGAUCAGGUCGUGGUGGUUCUCCCCGCAACAAUGGCAACAACGGUCCCUGGCAUCGGCCCACUUGUCUGAGUGGGCUUGCCAUUCUGGAAAGGCCCGGACUGGACGAUGGAGCAUGUCCCUACCAGCGGCCGGCCACACUGCUUGACGGAGUUGACAGGGGCGCCCUCUACUACAGGACACACUUCCAUGGCAAAGGUCAUCAAAACUGGUUUGGCAUCGACGAACGACUAGGACCGGUUGCAGUUAGUCUUCGCAAGGACCGUCUUGAUGUGCCAAACUCUGCAAGACCGUCGCCCGGCGGAGCACCACAGACACUGUAUAGAAUCAUCAUCCGAACUAGCGAGCUGGCUGUACUCCGUUGCAGCUUGGCGGAAGAGUCCCUGGGCGGCUCGGUGAGCAACGGCCGGUUGAGUGGCAGCGGCAGUGGGGCCAACUCCCUGCCCGUCCGCGAGCUGCUGGAGUUGGCUGCACCCGAGCUGCAGACAACCUGCCUGCGACUGGCUGUGCCUGGACCGGCAACGGAGCAGCAACUCCUCAAGCUCGACGAACAAGGGCUGAUGAAAUCGUACAAGGUUGGGGUCAUGUACUGCCGGGCAGGACAGGCCACUGAAGAAGAAAUGUACAACAACGAAACUGCGGGUCCGGCUUUUGAGGAGUUUCUCGAGAUGCUGGGCCACAAAGUUCGGCUCAAGGGCUUCCAGAACUAUCGGGCGGGCCUCGACAACAAGACGGACACCACCGGUCUCUACUCGGUGUACUCAACCUAUGAGGACUGUGAGAUUAUGUUCCAUGUUUCCACCAUGCUUCCAUACACACCCAGCAACAAGCAGCAGCUGCUGCGCAAGCGUCACAUCGGCAACGACAUCGUCACCCUCGUGUUUCAAGAGCCACGAGCUCUGCCCUUCACGCCCAAAAACAUCCGGUCACACUUCCAGCAUGUCUUCAUCAUUGUGCGUGCCAUUGAACCCUGCACCUCCAAGACUCGGUACAGUGUUGCCGUGAGUCGAUCGAAAGAGGUCCCCGUGUUUGGUCCUCCAAUCCCCGACGGUGCCACCUUCCCAAAGUCCAAGAAGUUCACCGACUUCAUUCUUGCUAAAGUGAUCAAUGCAGAGAACGCUGCCCACCGAUCUGAGAAGUUUGCCACCAUGGCACAACGGACGCGGCAGGAGUACCUCAAGGACCUCGCAGCCAACUACUCGACCAACACCACACUUGACUCUGGACCUAAAUUUUCCCUUCUGAGCUUCGGAUCGCGCAAGAAGGAGAGACCGCGGCCUAGGUUUGUGCCGGACGGCUUUGUGCGGGGCGCCAUCUCUUGGUCGGUUCAGGUGGAAGACCAGGGCCAAGGCUGUGUGUGCGACUGCAUCCUCGGCAUCUCAGCCAGCUCACUCGUGCUACUAGACGACGUGACCGGAGAGCCGGUCUUUGGAUGUGCGACAGCUGCAGUGCUUGGAUGGUCCUCGCACAGCAGCAGUCUGAAGCUUUUCUACCAUCAGGGAGAGUGCGUGGUGCUCCGGGCACGUGACUCAGAUGCCGACGAGGCACAAGAGAUUGUGACCAGGUUGGCCUGCGUCACCGAUGGAUGUGAGACCCAGGAGCUGAUGCUGUGCCGUAACACUGUCGGUCAGCUGGGCUUUCACGUUCAGUCCGAGGGGCUGGUCACCGAGGUCGAGCCACAUGGGCUCGCCUGGGAAGCCGGACUUCGACGUGGAUGCCGUCUGCUCGAGAUCUGCAAGGUGGCCGUGGCAACCCUCAGCUAUGACCAGAUGGUGGACCUGCUCAAGACGUCCGUCAUGGUCAGCGUCACGGUCGUGCCUCCGCACAAGGACGGCAGCCCUCGGAGACAAGGGCUUACCCGCCGCUGGAAAAAGCAGAAGAACAAUAGGAAACUGAGGACACGCAUAGUGAAAAUAACAGCGGAAGCGGAAGAAUACGCCAUGCAACUCGCGUCGGCGAACUGGUAUAAAUUCUGUGACUCCCUGGACGGCACCCUGGGUACAGCCAAGACAUGGCGCAUCCUCAAAGCCAUCCUCGACCCCACCUAG